UUCGUUACUAUAUAUAUUAUACAAUACUAUAAAGUGUUAAAAGAUCAAUAUGGCUUCUUCCAUGGUUGCUGCAGCGACAGUUCGUGCUGUCAAAGGUAGAAAAAUAUUAGCCACGCGCGCUGCGCUUACUUUAACACCAAGUGCAGUAAAAAAAAUCAAGGAAUUAUUGAAAGAUAAAAGUGAAUUUAUUGGUUUAAGAGUAAGUGUGAAACAACGAGGAUGUAAUGGUCUUAGUUAUACUCUUGAUUAUGCCAAAGAAAAGUCUAAACUUGAUGAAGAAGUUGUUCAAGAUGGUGUUUGUAUUAUGAUCGACAAAAAGGCACAAUUAUCUUUAUUAGGUACCGAAAUGGAUUAUAUAGAAACUAAAUUAAGUUCUGAAUUUAUUUUUAAUAAUCCAAAUAUCAAAGGCACGUGUGGAUGUGGAGAAAGUUUCUCCGUUUAGUUACUUUAUAAAAUUGUAGUUAACAUAGAUCAUUCAAUUGACAAAUUUUAGUAAAAUGUAAGUUUAUAAGCA